AUGAAGCGCUUCAUUUCGCUUCUCACAACCAUUUCCGACGACGAAAACCACAUAGCCUCCCGCUAUGCAAGGCUUCUUCACAAGCUAUGGUUUCAGCGCCCUGAUACCCCAACUGUCGAGGCUUGCGCUCCCGACGACACGGCCAUGGAUCCACAGGCAUCAUCGUUGCCGAUCAAUACAGACGUCACUCCUGCCCCGUGGGAUAUGUUUAAUGAGUUUGGACUGGAAGGGUUUAGUUCUACGAAUACCAUGGACGGGUUCUUCGCAAUGCCUCCUGUAUUUCCCUAUGAUGUUUCCAUGUUCUUUAACCCGAAGAGCGAUGAGGCAAAUUAUCACAUCUGA